CCGUCACUCAGCCAGUACUCCUCCCGUCGGCCGCCAGCGCGCACGCACGCACUCGCCCCGCGACCAGAAUCCCUGACUGAGUGGCCACCAUGCACCUCGAGUCCACCCUCUCGCUCAAGGAGCGCCGCGCCGACGCCGCGCCACCCGCCCCCGCCGCGGGCCCGCGCCUGUCCCUCAAGGGCUCCAAGGGCGCCAAGCAGGGAGCCAGGGCCAAGGGCCGCGCCCCGCUCCUGGGGGAGGUCGGCAAGCGCCAGACCCUCAACGUGUUCGCCGCCGACGGCCGGGACGUGUCCGCCGAGGUCGGCUCCGAGGAGGCCGUCGUGGACGAGACGGCCUUUGUCAAACAGCCGUCCGUCAUCUUCACGCGCGGCAAGAAGGGACUGGAGUUCGCGUCCGGAGACCUGGGCGAUGGCAUAGUUCUUGCUGACUUCGAGCCGCCGCGCGUGCCGCAGGCGCACCAGCCCCGCCUGUACGUGCUGAUGGUGUUCGAGCAGCGGCCCGCCACGCCGCCCAACACGCCCACCGACGUGCUGCUGCAGCCCGGCCUGCAGGGCGGCCUGCAGGGCCACCAGGGCCCGCUCGGCCGCCACCCGGACCUGCAGCAGUUCCUAGGGGACCGCUCCAGCUUCCCGCUCACCUCCUGGCUCCGGAGCAACAGCCCGAAGAUGGCGCGCAUCGCCGCCUGCCAGCAGUUCAGGGCGCACCUCUCCGACACGGACCUCUCCGGGCUCAGCAUCGCCGGCCUACCGGACCAGCAGCGAGACGAUCAGGGAGUCCUCGGCGACGUGGAGGACUCCGAGCACUCGUCCGACGAGCGGCCGCCCCAGCAGCACCAGGAUCACGACAAGGAGAACCAGGCGGCCGACCCGUCCAGGAAAAGCAAGAGGAGUAAGCUCAGCCGACUGCGCCGGCUGCUCAGGAGGAAGCAGCACUGCCCGGUCUGAAGAGCGGCAGCACCGCUUGAGCUUAAUCUUCAAGAGCGGGGUUGGUCGUGGUGAACAUGGUUCACCCGCGGCUCGGCCGCCUGAGUGGCAGCAAAACGUAUAGCGUGGCUCCGCAGCCGACGAGUCCCCUAAGGGCAACUCCCUAAAACAGUGCCAGCCAAUGGGGGACCGCGAUUGGAACGAAACAAUGGCGGGGAGAGUUGUUUCUGAUACAAAUAUUGGCCUACAAUUCAGUACUGAGCUAAACAAGUAUUAUGUGUACCUUAAAAAUCACCUAUUAGUGUAUAUAUUGUUAUUACGACUAUUUAUUCGACGAGAAUGUUGCACUAUUGUAGUAUCAGUGUACCUGAAACCCGGUCCUACAAGCAAUUUUAAAAAGCUUUUAAGAAGCUGAUGUAGUUAGUCUAAUUUCAUGUAAACUAAAGAAAUUUAAUUGUACCUAUAUUUUAGUCGUCUAUGAUGAUGGAAAUUGUAACCUAUGAAUAUUAUGAGUGCCUAGACUCCAACUAACCUUGGUCGUAGAAGAGCCUAUCUUAGUCGGCAAAUCAUGAUCAAAUAGAUUUAGAAAAGUUCUUGUGAUCCGGUGUACAAAAAAGAAUAUAACAUUCUUAGGCAGCUCGUAUCAUAGUGAGACAGGCAGUAAAGGUGUUUUUAGUGGUUUGUAUGAAUAUACACGUGUGCCAUUAGCAAUUUUGCUAAAUAAGCCAUAAUACUUUUUUCGCAUAAGAUUGUUUGCACUAUUUGGAAUAUUUAUUGCGUGUAAUCCUCGAGACGUACAAAAGUCAUCUCGUUUGAAAGGCUUGUGUAUUGUAUAUGCGUGAACUGUGAGUAGAUUUAAAGAUGUGACAAGGUUUUAAAAUACUCUGUGAACAGGGUAGUGAUAUGAUGGAGAAUACAAAGAGCAGCGCUGAGCUCUUCUAAGGUCCCAAUUGUGAUGCUGCUGUGAUUUAUUGUAAAUAGCGGAAUAACUAUGUAAUAAAUACAUGAUCAUUUCAAAAAAUA